GCGUAAAGCAGCAUGUGACGAGCUGUCAUCCGAGAAGAAACUCUUCCACUCCUGAAUCGAAAGGACUUUAAAAGCUAAACAGCGAGAAUGAAAGUUGUUGGAUCUACAUGCGCUCUGAAGAGCAAGGUCGGCGGAGACGAGGUGGUCCGCUGCCUGUCGGAUCAGAGCCUGAGCAUCUCCAAGUGCAAGCUGCCGCUGCUGGAUGAGCACAUGAGCGUCUUCCUGCAGGACAUGAACAGCUGCUACAGCAAGCUCAAGGAGCUGGUGCCCACGCUGCCUGCCAACAAGAAGGCUAGCAAGGUGGAGAUCCUCCAGCAUGUCAUCGACUACAUCUGGGAUCUUCAGGUGGAGUUGAACGAGCCAGGAAAGAAGAGCUCGUCUCCGCGCAGUCCCCUUACUACUCUUAACUCGGAGCUUGCCAGCAUCUCUGUCGAGAAUGGCUGCUCUGAUGACAGGAUUGCGUGCCGUUAAGGAAGAAAGACGCACGAGACACCUCCGGGUAUCCACUGGUGCACGUGAGAGCAUCCCUGACCAAGAAACAACCAGAGUGCUGUUUCACCCUGAACUGUUUGUGGUGUACGGUGAUUCACCGGGUGUCCAGCAAUGUACUGUGGUCAAAUCUAUGAGGACAUUCCUCGGUCAAAUCUAAUCAGAAAUAUGUGAUGAUGAAGAUCAUAGAUUCGUCAUACUUCAUGUGGGGUGCAACUUCAGCACAGAUGGCUGUCUGCUGUGGAAUCCACGGCACCGUCAACAACACGCAGCCAGCCCACUGAUCUGUUGAUGUUAUUUUCUUUUGUAUUCUUUAGAGUUUCUCUCUCCCAAUGCUUUUAUAUGACCUUUAGAAAGUUUUAUAUUGUGUUUUAUAAAGCGUUGAUUUCUCAGAUUGCUGAGCAAAAAAAGAAUGUAUUGUAUAUUACAAUGAACGUCUUAUUGUGUUUUUUACAAUGUAUACCUGAUGUUUUUUUAUUAAAACGACAAAAAACCUUA